AUGCUUCUCUUUCAUCCCUCAAUGGCGGUUGGCGCAUGCGUAGUGCUGGGAGGCGGCCAGGAACAUGGCGGCCGUUUAAAGGUAACUGAUUCAACAGAAGGGAAGCUCUGGAUUUUUGCACCGAAUUUCCCCCCUUCCCAACUCCGCCGUGUUGUCAGAAUGUGACAAAAAUAAGAUUUAGGGCUUAGAAAAGGAGAAGCAAAGGGAGAAACGCCUGAAAAUUCUCGCGUCUCCUGUGGACUCUUCAGGCCACGCAUCCCUUCAAAAUAAGUAUUUGAGGAGGGAGUGUUUUCUUACACCCCUGCGCCUUGCAAAAGAAGCCUAUCUAUAUGUAGCCCCCAUCCCACCCUCGCUAAGGCUGACAGGAGUCCUUAACUUGCUUGUAAAAGUAGUCCUUUCCGUAACACUUGUCCACCCUACUCGUUUUAUUAAUAAAGAGUAGGUGGAAGGAAGCCCUUAAUUUCCACAGCGCUCUUUUUCUGAAUAUGGGGCCACCUUAUUUCCAGAAAGGCUCGGGGAAAAGUGGAUAGGCGAGCGAGAUACUAUGCAGGAAAUCAGUUAGCUUCCCAUUUCCAAUGUACAAGACACAACACCGUGUGUUGUAUACCGCUCUUCCUGUAGAUUGUGGAACGCUGGUAACCUUUCCCACAUUCUUGAGGGAGGUUUCUUCCUAGUGAGGAGGGUCCGCUAGAAAGAGGGGAUUUGGCAGCUUAGUUGGUCAGCCCACAAGCUUUCUCUUACCAGUUUUGCUGGAUGAGGAAAGACGUAAUCCCCUUUCCCGAUCAGUACCCUCCCCAAUACCCAUUGGGCACCACUGUGUCCGUUAGAAGGAAAGAACCCAAAAGCCACCCCUUUCACGUUCUUCUUUCCAAGGGAACCUUUGGGGGGAGGAAAGGGUGAAGCAAACACACCCCUCCCCCAACUAUUUCUUGCAGAAGAAACUAAGACUGAUCUAAGCGGAUCAGCCGCAUUUAUUAGGAAGCGGCCCCUCUAUUCUGGAGAGCGAGCAGGGCCCCUGCUUUGCUUUUCCUACAUCAGCAGGGCUGGCACUCCCUUAGUCUGAAAAAAGAAGAGUAAGAAAAUCAAAGAGAUGGUUCUUGCACUAGCGGCAGGGAGCUGUGAAGGUUGGUGACUCGGCCGGGGGAAGGUGGUAUAGGAAGAAAGGGAGGCGAUGGGUCUUGGUGGGGCGGGUGGCGACGACGGCGGUGCCCCAGGAGGGGUCCAGGUGGGGAAUUUGGAGCGGCAGCGGAGAGGAGAAGGGGGAGGCGGAGGCGACGUCGCGGCAGAAUCUGGAGACUGAAGGUGCUGCAUCGCCAUGAGAUCGACCGUCUACAAAGCAACCGCGACAACGACAACGACGGGGCCGGGCUUGCUAGAGCCUGGCCCGAAGGAAGAGGAGGAGCCGCCGCCGCAUCUCCGCCAGCCUCCGCCUCCCCCGCAGAACCAAAUUCCCGUGCCGGCCCCCGUGGCUGCAGCGGGCCCCAAGGGCCGGGCAAUAGUUCCGGCGGCUGCGGCUCCCGGACAACAGCAACAGGAAGGCGGCGGCGGUGGCUGCUGUUGGGGCGGCCUAGUGCCCUCGCCGUGCCCGGCAGGCAGUACUCGGCAAGCGGGCGUGGGCGAUGCCGCCGGCAGCUCCCGCCCCUCCAAGUACCAGGCGGUGCUGCCCGGACACACCGCUGCUGCUGCCGCCAAAGACGGCAAGCGCGGCGGUUCCCACGCCGGGCCUGGAGGACCUCCAGCGUCUCUCUCGCCGCCGCCUCCAGCGCUACUGUCGUCGGCUUCCGCUACGGCCGAACCUGGGCAACCUCCACCCUCAGCAGUGGCAUCCGGGGGUUCUCCGGUUUCAUCGGAACCAAGCGGCAAGUGGAAAAGUGCUAGUAGUAGCAGCACUACCGGGAGCGGCGGCGGGAACAGCCUUCGGAAAAGUCCCAUGGGGGCCGGCGGGGGCAACUCCAGCCAGGCGGCCUGCCUCAAGCAGAUCCUGCUGCUCCAGUUGGACCUUAUCGAGCAGCAGCAGCAACAGUUGCAGGCCAAGGAAAAGGAGAUCGAAGAACUCAAAGCCGAGAGGGACACACUUCUUGCUCGAAUUGAGCGUAUGGAAAGGAGGAUGCAGUUGGUGAAGAAGGACAAUGAGCGUGACAAACACAAAAUAUUUCAAGAGUAUGAAACAGAAGAAAAAGUUGACCCUGAUACAUUAGAGAAGCUGCCUAUAGAAUGCCCAUCACAAGAACUCCUGGAGACUUCCCAGCCGCUGCCUUUGAAACAUUUCCCAUGUGGAAGAAAUGGGAAGGGUCACAAACGAAAAUCUGCGUUUGGAAGUGCCGAGAGGAAAACGCCAGUGAAGAAGCUGGUAGCUGAAUUCUCAAGAGUCAAAUGUAAAACGCCAAAGGCUUCUCCAUUAAAGGAGGAACCCAGUAGUUCUUUAACUGAAUCAAUAAGCAGACGUGAACUGCGAAGUCAGGAGACUCCAGAGAAAACAAGAUUAUUAGUGGAUACGCAGUUGAAGUCUUCGACUCCAUUGAAAGGACCUGGGUGCCAUUCAAAGGACAAAGGCCCCUGCAGUGAAAUAGAAGAUUUGCCGUAUCUUUCCACCACUGAAAUGUAUUUGUGCCGUUGGCAUCAACCACCUCCUUCUCCGUUGAGAGAACCUUCUCCCAAGAAGGAGGAGACUGUAGCAAUUCCAUCAUGGAGGGACCACACAGUAGAGCCCCUGAGAGAUCUGAAUCCUUCUGAACUUCUGGAGAACUUAGAAGACAAUGUCUUCUCCAAACGACAUGCAAAGUUGGAAUUGGAUGAGAAAAGGAGAAAAAGGUGGGAUAUUCAGCGUAUCCGGGAGCAAAGAAUUUUGCAGAGAUUGCAACUUAGAAUGUAUAAAAAGAAAGGAAUUCAGGAAUCUGAGCCUGAAGUUACCUCAUUUUUCCCAGAGUCAGACGAUGUUGAAAGUUUGCUGAUCACCCCAUAUUUGCCUGUUGUAGCGUUCGGCCGACCAUUACCAAAAUUAACCCCACAGAAUUUUGAACUGCCGUGGUUGGAUGAACGAAGUCGUUGCCGGCUAGAGAUGCAAAAGAAACAGACUCCUCAUCGGACAUGCAGGAAAUAAAUGUAUCAGACUAGGAGAAAUCUUUUCUUGAUGGUCAGCUUGUGUCAUUUUCUGAAAAUGGCAGAGAACAGUACAUGUUUUGUUAUGUCUUUUUCUUCUACCAUCCUCCAUGAUGUAUAUUCUUGUUCAUUAUAAAUAUUUUUUUAUGCUUACACUUUUCUCCCUGGGUUUUAUUUUCAUUUUUUUUCCAUUUUUUUCCUUUGCUUGGUAGAAAGUAUUGGAGGUUUGAGUUGAGAGAAUAAGGUUAACAAUUUAUGGUAUGCCUCCUCUGUUGAGCUGUAUUGAAUAACUGCAACCAGUACAAUCCACUGAGAAGCUAUGAAAGAUGGACAAGCAUCCAUUUGUGAGUUCCUCACAAACAUGAAAUUAUAUACAUAUGUAUCCUUAGGAAUAAUUAGCUUGCUAAUUAAGGGCCUUGACAGUUUGGGGGAAGGGGUUAUCCAUCAUUGAACAACACAGACACUUCAUUUGACCUAUUGUUUCCAACUGCUGUUCUAUAAAGCAUCCACAUAUUGAUUCAUGUAUUUUCACCUGCCCCAGUGACUUUUCAAGGCUUUUUAAUGAGUUCCUUUCAUGCUUUCUAAUUUAAAUUACAAUUACCAAUCAGGUCUUGAAUUUAUAACACUGAAUGCAGGCCGUCCUGGUAGUAAAAGGCUGCAUGUCUUCACAUCUUUGUCACAGUUCUGGUAUAUAAUUUGGCAAAAUCCUGAAUUAACCAUGCAAUGCUAGAUGUUUUUUUUUACUUUUGUUUAGCCAAAUAUCCUGUCAAAACUGAAACAGUUGUUACUGUUUUUAAAAAAGUUGGACAGUUUGGAUUUCUCAGUGGAAAUACUGAGAAGUAGCUUCAACUUCAGUUUGUGAUUGUUUUAAAGUUUGGCACUUUUUAAGCCAAUCAUAAUCCUGUAAUUUUUACAGUAAGUGGAAAUCAAUACUUUCAUCUUCCCUGAGUAUAGGGGAUUCCUUUGUAAAAUCGCAUGUCUUCUGCCUGAUCUACAUCAUUUUUGGAAGCUGCCUUGUUUGUGUAUUGCCUGCUUAGGGGAAUACUGAAACUAACUUUUUUUUUUUUUUUUGAAAUGGCUAAAAUUUCUAGAUAAAUGGGGGGAGUUUCAGUUUCUUGAAUUGUAAAAAAACCCUAUAUGUUAUUUUCCUGCAUCCCUUAUGGAGAAAAAUUGUUUCAUUUUCCAUUUUAAUUUCCAGUUGUUCAGGACAGUUGCAGUGACAUUUCUGGGCAGAUUUUUCUGGGAAUUUAAAGUACUAUUUUUUCCACCAAAGGUAGCACACUUAGUAUGAACAUUGUUAAAAGUUACAUUCUAUGACUUGAAAUUAAAAGAGAUCCUCUUUUCUGCCAUGUAGUCUAUUGUAGUUGAACUAGUGCAAAAUGUUUGCCUGAUUUUGUUUUAAAUAAGGCUGUAUUUGGAUCUUUUGCUUUUUAGCAUGCCAACAUGCAUUCAUAAGUGGUUAUUUUUUUCUCCCCUGCCAAGUACAAGCGUGGGUGUUUCAAAGAUUUUUGGUAGAAGCUUCUUGAAGACAAUGUUGAUUUUGGAACUUGAUCUUGCUUUUUCUAAAGUAAUUAGAAAUGUAUCAUAUGAUCAGUUCUUGAAUCAAGAUUCCAUUUUCAGAAGAAAAUGUUUUUGUUUAGCCCACAAGACAGUUAUCAGAAAUAAUUCAAUUUAUAUUCGGAAUAAAACGAUUACCUCUUCCCUUCCCUCAAUGAACAGAAUGUUGACUCAGAAAGACUUACAACCAGUUAUAACACGUGCAUCAUAAAAAGAUGAAUAGGCAUAUGGAAGUAGGUAGGGUUUGUAGAAACAGUUUGCAGUGAAUGUUAAAAGGGAAUGGGCUGGAAAAAAUAGUUUCCCACCCUGUAGGGAGUUCAACAUUUGAAAACUCUGUUAAUGAAAAAAGCCAAUGCAAACUAUAUAUUUUUUGUUUUUUUGUUGUUUUUUUUUUGAAAACAAACAUUCUUUUUAACUAACUUUAUGGUAGUUCUAAAAACUGCCUAUAAUUCCCUUUCUUUUUUUUUCUUUCUUUUUUGGCCCUUUCAAAUGUGAUUGUCUGCAAAUGCAUUCUUUUUUUAUACCAUUUUCAAUAUGUAAAAUCAGUUGUCUUGUAAAUAACUUAUAAAGAAAAAAGUUUGUAAAUACCAAAUUUGUGGCUGUUAAUGUUCAUUUUUUGUUUUUAAAUUUGUUUUGCUUUGUUCAUUUAGUUUAAACAGUGUUAACAAGGAGUAUUAAAAGAGAAAUUCUGCUUGUAUGUUUAAAUAAAAUUGAAAUAAUUUUUUUUACAAUAAAAUGAAAAGAAUAUU